AGCACUGUCCCCAGCCAGUAUGCUGCGCGGCUAUUCGGAGCUGCGUGGUAAUCAUGGCGGCGCGCUGGAGACUUCCUUAGAACUGGAUGCUAAUGCCUUGCCCCGCUGAAAUGAAUUGAUCGCUUGUGCCAAACCUCCCAGUGUGGAGUUUACCUUAGAGACCGGACGUGCUGCCUGUAUGUAGCGGACGUGUCACGUAGCUCCGGGAAGCCUACCUUCUAUUCCACAGCGGCACCAUGGGCCUACUGGAGAGACUGAGGAAAGAGUGGUUUAUACUGGGGAUCAUCCUGGUGAUCACAGCGGCCAAGCUGCAGCCGUCCAUAGGGGAAAAGGGGGGACCACUGAAGCCAGAAAUUUCCAUAACGUAUAUUGCCGUGUCUGCUAUUUUCUUUAACAGUGGACUGUCCUUAAAAACAGAGGAACUCACCAGUGCUCUGAUGCAUGUGAAGCUUCACCUCUUCGUCCAGGUGUUCACACUCGUCUUCUUCCCAACAGCAAUAUGGUUUUUCCUCCAAGUGCUGUCACUUACGCCCAUCAAUGAAUGGCUGUUAAAGGGUCUACAGACGGUGAGCUGUAUGCCCCCACCGGUCUCCUCAGCAGUCAUUUUGACCAAAGCUGUUGGCGGUAAUGAGGCCGCUGCUAUAUUUAAUUCUGCAUUUGGGAGUUUUUUGGGUAUUGUUGUGACCCCAAUGCUGCUGCUUUUAUUUUUGGGAUCGUCCUCAUCAGUGCCCUUUACCUCCAUAUUCUCUCAAUUGUUCAUGACUGUUGUGGUUCCCCUGAUCAUUGGACAGAUUGUGCGGAGGUACAUCAAGGACUGGUUGGAGAGGAAGAAGCCUCCAUUUGGUGCCAUUAGCAGCUGUGUCCUUCUCAUGAUCAUCUAUACAACUUUUUGUGAUACAUUUUCCAACCCAAAUAUUGAUCUGGACACCUUCAGUCUGGUCGUUAUUGUAUUUAUCAUAUUUUUUAUCCAGUUGGCUUUUAUGCUUUUAACAUUCCUGUUUUCUACUAGUAAAAACACUGGCUUCACACCAGCAGACACAGUUGCAAUAGUAUUUUGUUCAACCCAUAAAUCACUCACAUUAGGUAUUCCAAUGCUGAAGAUUGUGUUUGCGGGAUACGAGCAUCUCUCGUUAAUAUCUGUUCCCUUGUUGAUUUAUCACCCAGCUCAGAUUCUACUUGGGAGUGUAUUAGUGCCAACAAUAAAAUCAUGGAUGCUUUCCAGGCAAAAGGCUCUGAAGCUAACAAGACAGCCUAAGGUCCCCUUGUAACAUCAGAAGAGAGGAGUGUAAAUAUGUGCAAUAUUGUACAUACAAACAUCAUACAAAAAGACUUGUGUUUGGGAAUGUUUGCUUUAAUGCAUAUAUUAUUUUUUUAAAUAUAGACCCGACUAUCCAAGUGCCUUAUGGAUGCAUUUGUCGAUUAUAUACUGUAAGAAGAAGCCAUGUUGAUGUCCUGUCUCAUCUUUGUAUUUUUUUUUUAUUUGAGAAAUAAAGAUCUUAAGAAACC